AUGAAGAUGUUUAUCAAAUCCAUAGAUGAGAGAGCAUGGCGCGCCAUCAUAACUGGUUGGACACCUCCCAUGGUCAAAGGAGAAGACAAAGUGGAAGUAUUCAAACCAGAAGCAGAUUGGAAUGAUGGAGAGAUACUACUCGCAAACUACAACUCAAGGGCCCUAAACGCAAUAUUUAGUGGUGUUGAUGAUAAUCAAUUCAAACUAAUAGCGUCUUGUGAAUCUGCAAAAAGAGCUUGGGAAAUCCUUCAAGUCACAUACGAAGGAACGUCAACUGUAAGGACAUCCAAGUUACAAAUGCUGGCCACCAAAUUCGAAAAUUUGAAGAUGGAGGAGAAUGAGACGAUCACUGACUUCCAUGCUAAACUAUGUGAUAUCUCCAAUGAAUCAUACGCACUCGGUGAACCCUAUUCGGAAAGCAAACUUGUGAGAAAAGCGAUGCGCUCAUUACCUGAAAGAUUUGCUUACCGAAUUGCUGCCAUUGAAGAAGUCAGAGACGUUGACACGCUCAAAUUAGACGAACUCAUGGGGAAACUUCUAGCACAAGAACUCAAUCAUGGUGAAAAUCAUCGUGAAAAGUCUAGAGAAAAGAAGAUAGCCUUUCAAGCAGAAACAUCAUAUGCAACGCCCCAAAAUUCGUCAACUCAAGAAGAUGAGCAAACAGUUGAAGAAUCCUUGGCACUACUAUCGAAAAAUUUUGGGAAAUUUCUCAAAAAGAUCGGAAAAAAGGGAAAUCUUCCAAGCACAGGGAAACCCGUGAACUUUCAAAAUUCUAGGAGAAAUUCAAAUCAAGAUAACUCAGAGGAGUCAAAACCAAGAAGAAUACAAUGCCGAGAAUGCGAAGGCUUUGGUCACAUUCAAUCAGAAUGCGCAAACACCCUGAAGAAAAAGAAGAAAAUGUCACUUACUACUGUUUGGAGCGAUGAAGAAGAAUCUGACGAUGACCAAGGAAACAACGAUCAAGUCACUAACUUUGUAGCGUUCAGCAGCAAAGUUCCUCUGGACAGCUCAGAAUCAACUGUUGCUGCAACUGUUGCAACAGACUGUGAAACAGAAUCCAGGUAUGAAAAUAUGUGUUCUGAUUAUGAAAAAAAUCUAAACGAAAAUUCUUCUUUUGCAGAGGAUCCGAACAGCAGCAGUGAUGAGGAAGAACCAACCUUGGACGAAGUAAAUGAGGUAUAUGAAAAAAUGUACCAAAAAUGGCUCGACGUCGUUAAGGUAAAUAACUUCCUGGACAAGGAGAAGUUUGUGCUUGUAGAGGAAAACAAAACACUAAAGGUAAGAAUCUCUACUCUUGAGGAAAGGGUCAUAUCUAGUGAUCAAGAGAAAAAUAGUUUGCAGGCUAAACUUACUCAAACUCAAGAAGCAAUUGCAAAAUUGAACUUGGGUAGAGGUAAUCUAGAUGAAAUCUUAAGCAACAACAAGCCAAACUAUAAUCGUCUAGGCAUAGGAGGGAGUCAGCUACCCAAAGUUGAUCUAAAGCGAAAGGAAGAUCAAAACAGAAAAAUCAACUUUGUUAAACAAGCUUCUGUCUCACAAACAGUUGCAACUGUUGAAGCAACGAAACACAAUUCAAAGAAAAGGUUUAUUCCCACUUGUUUUUUCUGUCAAAAUCCAGCAUUUAAAUGCUUAUCUGCGAUUACUUCUUUAAAAGCAAGUACUGCUAAUGAUUGGUAUUUUGACAGUGGCUGUUCACGACAUAUGACCGGUGUUAAAGAGUUUUUGAAAAACUAUCAACAAAUCACCGGUGGAGCUGUUACCUUUGGAAACGGAAAAAAGGGUGAAGUGCUAGGGAAAGGAUCGCUAAAUCAUGAGAAUCUGCCAAAGCUGAAGAAUGUACUACUUGUAGAAGGACUCACGUCAAAUCUGAUAAGUAUCAGCCAGCUAUGUGAUCAAGAUCUUGAAGUCAGAUUCAACAAAUUCGCAUGUCGAGUAUUAGACAAAGACGAGAAUUGUGUUAUUCAAGGAACUCGAUCAUCUGACAACUGCUAUAUUCUCGUCUCUGCUGGUAUGAACUGUUUCAACAGUCUGUCAGACUCUACAGUGCUUUGGCACAAAAGAAUAUCUCAUGAAUUCUCCGCACCUAAAACACCUCAACAAAAUGGAGUGGUUGAACGCAAAAAUCGCACUCUGCAAGAGAUGGCCAGGGUC